GGACGCUCUUGUUUUGGAUUCAUCGAGUUCAGCUCAGUCACUUAAUCCUACUUUUGAGCAACGGGCCCCGAGUCAUCUACGGUUCAUCACAAUCAAAGUUGUUCUGUUUUUUCAGCCGUGAAGCCCAUCUUUACAUUGUGCCACAAACGCAGCACUGACCCAGGAUCAAUAACAGCCACAGGAUGUGAGCGCGUGCCUUCGCCCCUCUCUCCCGGUCUGCGCGGUGGAUAUGAGUCUUGAUGGACGAAAUCAUUAUGGCCACAGAUAAAGUGUCUAUUGAAGCCCAGAAGCUGGAAUCCUGUGGAGCAGCAGGAUAUGGAGACAUCCCUAUUCAAGUCAAGAUUUUACAGGUUCCAGCGAAAUGUGUGCCUAUCACUCCUGUGCAACACCCACCUGCUACUGCAUGUGUCAAAAAGGGUAACUCUGUCUCUUCACCACCUAAAGUCAUCCCCACCAGCCAGGGCCACCAACCCUCCUCCCCUACAGUUAAAGUCCCAGCACAACAGACCACCUCUUCUUCUGUCAUGGUGAUGGCAAAGGUGGCCAACGCAGGAGGAGUAAACAGAAAAGGCCAACCGCAGGCAAAAGAAACAGCUUUCAGCCAGCUGGCUUCCAUGAAUCAGGCCACAACCCCAGGAAGGACGGUGUUGAUAACUGUACCAAGAGCAGCAGCUGCACAGACAGUCACUGUGGCUCCUCAGCUCCCAGCCAAUAUCCAGAUACCAGCAGGUAUGAUGUUGAUUCGCAGUGACAAUGGUCAGCUGAUGCUGGUAUCUCAGCAGGCUAUGGCACAACAGGGACCAAGGGGUGUCACUGGUCAAGCUCCUAGAAUACUGGCCCCACAGUUUUCUGGAAAUAAAAGUCAUGAGACGAUGACAGUGAUCAGGAUGGCAGCUCCUCACGGUUUCCAACCAGCACCAGUUCAGAAGACAUCUGUGGUGAAGGUGAUUGGUGUAGCUCCCAAACCAGCUGUAGUCCAGAUCCCCAGUGCUGUGUGUGAGCAGGGGAGCCAGCCUCGCAUGAAGGCGGUCAUCACUAAAACCAAAAUAGAGCCACCAGCCACGUUUAGUCAGGAGACCCUGGAAAGUGUGAAGAAGUGCAAGAACUUCCUGGUGACUCUGAUCAAGCUAGCAUCUAGUGACUCCAGGUCUGCCACCAUGGCAAACAAUGUCAGAGCACUGGUCAGGAGUCUGCUGGAGGAAAAGCUUGAAGCAGAGGAAUUUACAGAGAAGCUCUAUCGUGAGUUGAAGUCGACCCCACAACCCUGCUUGGUUCCUUUCCUCAAGAAAAGUCUUCCUGCAGUGCGUUGUCUUACUGCCGACCCCCAGUUUUUUAUCCAACAGGCUUUAACCUCCACCUGCAACCACAGCAGGCUGUCUUCAACCAUAAAGCAGUCUAACACUGACACCUGCCAGCAGAUUAUCCUGAAGCCACGAGAAAUUACUGUGAGACCUGGGUUGUUGACAUGUUGCAGACCUGUCUCUAAACACACAGAAGUCGAGUCAAGAAAACCGUUCACAGGGAUGUUUUCAGUGAAGCAGUCUUUCACUCAGGAUCCAUCUCGUCACGCCAGAUUUGCAUUAAAGGAUAGUUCUGGCUCUUACAAAGAAGAUGAUGACAUUAAUGAUGUGGCCUCCAUGGCUGGAGUCGACCUGAGAGAGGAGAAUGCACAGAUCUUGACCACCAUGGUUGGCUCUGUGGUGCAGUCAUGCCAGGAUCAGCUCUUCCUCUUACCCAAGCCAGUGCUCAGCCGAAUCCUUCAUACAGGAUGGGCACUGGGAGUAACUGAUGUCAACCCAGAGGUGGUGGCUCUAGUUUCUCAUGCUACACAGGAGUGUCUCCGUGGGCUGAUAGUGAAACUCUCUGUGAUGGCAGAACACCGCAAGGCAGCCCCGAAGGAGGAUCUGUGGCAUGCCAAAGUGAGUGACACACGCUCCCAGCUUUGCUUCCUUGGUGAAAUUGGGUGUUUAAAGAAGAAGAGGGAAGAUGAAGAGGAGAGAGAGCGACUGCUGCGUUUGGCCAGAAGUCGCUCACAAACUGAGGACCCACAGCAUCAGCAGCUCAAGCAAAGAGCCAAAGAGACAGCGCGCCAUCAAUGCAGGGAAGAUGCACCAGAUUUUCCGGACUCCUCAGACAGAGCGACAUUGACUGUCCGAUACUUCACUGCAUCAUACAUCAGGAAGCUCUCUGUGCCAAGACAGUGAACUUCAGCCAUGUCACUGGAUUUGGUUACCAAGGUUACCAAUCUGAGUUGAGGGGGGAACAGGUCUCUGAAUCAUAGAAAAUUUGUAGCCUUUUUGGUUGAAGUGAGCGCUGCUUAUGGAGACUUACAGAUGCACACUGAAAUCUGAUGGAUGAGCUGCGGGAAGUGCUUGGAGAGGUUUUUUGCGCUGCGCACUGAAAUCCCAGUGUUCUUGGAGGAAAUCAUUCGAUGUGAUGCAGUUGCUUACUGAAGUAAACUCAGGGAUACAGAUUUUAAUCACCUGAAUUUGCAGUUGCAGGGAAGAGACCAAACGGUGUCAGAUCUCUAUGCAUGCAUGAGUGCAUUUAAGCACAAAUUAGCCCUGUUCAAAGUAGGCUUUUCAGCCGACCAUUCAAAUUUCUCACACUUUCCGGCCAAUGAAGAAAUGUGCAAAGAUGUCCCUUAAUGCAAGAAAACAUUUCUCAAAUGCAGAUCCAACAUAGAAAAACUGCAGAAGCAAUUCCAGGACUUUCAGCUUUCCGCUUUCAGAAUUUCUACACCAUGCAGCCACAGAUUGCAUUAUUUGCUGCCCCACUCUCCUCUGCUGUCAUUGAGCAACCCCAGGAGUUGCAGCUUGAACUGUGCGAACUGCAUUCAGACCCCUUUUUCCAAACAAGGCCAGUGAGAGGUGAAUUUCAUUUUGGAAACUUUUACCCAAGUCCCGCCUUCCACUCCUCAGGGAUUUUGCCCUCUCAAUGGCCAGCAUGUUUGGGCACUUACAUCUGCAAGAGCAGCUUCUCAACAAUGAAGCACAUAUAAUCCAAAGAGAUAAACAGGCUGACAGGUGAAACUCUGUGCCAGCUCAUGCAGACUGGAUUCACAAACAUUGACAUUCAGUCUAUUGUACGCCAGCAGGAGAGGCCACAAGUUUCUCCUAACUUUACACUGAUCCACCUGUUGGUGAGCAUUAGUGGCUUUUGAGAUAAAUGCAUGCUUAUUUUUAUGGUGUGAUAUUUGUGCCACAUUUGUGAAGGAGCAAUGGAAGAUUUUGAGAACAGAAUAGUAUAUUUUGAAAGCACAUACAUUUUGUUUUGAAAAGAAAUUAUUCCAGAGAAAAACUUAAUUUAAUUUGAGCAAAUAAAAAUAUAUUCUGUGUUCAAUAAAUGUAUUCGCAUCUUUGCCUUUAUCCAUUUUAAUGUGAAAUAAUAACCUCUGUCACCUUGUUAUCAUUGUUGCACUUUCUUAUUGUUGAUGCAGUUAGUGUUUGAUAACUUUUAUUGAAUGAUGAUAUUUGAGAGGUCAUUGCACUAAAAUAACUGUAUAUCAUGAAUUUGCAUGUUUUGUUUCUGUAUUAAGUUCAUUAAAUAUAAGCAUUAUUAAAUGCCUUUGAAUAUGAAAAAUAGAGAUGUUGGUAAAAUAAACUUUAUUAUUGGCA